ACUCAUGAGAUUGCUCCUUCCUUUACUAUUCUGUGUUGGAGCAUUCUGUUUAGACAAUGGUCUGGGAAGGACUCCACCGAUGGGAUGGAUGUCAUGGACCGCAUUUUAUUGUGAAAUCGAUUGUGUGAAACAUCCGACAGGUUGUAUCAAUGAGCAAUUGUACAAGGAUAUGGCAGAUCAGCUUGUGUCCGGCGGAUAUGAUAAAGUUGGUUAUAAGUCAGUGCAUAUUGAUGACUGUUGGUCGGAAAUGGAAAGAGAUUCUCAUGGAAUAUUGGUUGCAAAUAAAACACGAUUCCCCAGUGGAAUGAAGGCUUUGGCUAAAUAUAUGCACGACCGUGGACUUAAGUUUGGAAUUUAUGAAGAUUAUGGUACAAAAACAUGUGGAGGAUAUCCAGGAAGUUACAAACAUGAAAAAGUUGAUGCUCAAACAUUUGCUGCUUGGGAUGUUGAUUAUUUGAAACUUGAUGGUUGCAAUAUUGAUCAAGCAAUGAUGCCAAUUGGAUAUCCACUUUUUGAAAAAGAACUUAAUGAAACUGGACGCCCAAUUAUGUACUCUUGUAGUUGGCCAGCUUAUUUGAUUGACCAUCCAGAACUGGUAAAUUAUAAUUUGAUUGGAAAGUACUGCAACACUUGGCGUAACUUUGAUGAUAUUAAUUCCUCAUGGAAAUCUAUUAUUUCAAUUAUUUCCUAUUAUGACAAAAUGCAAGACAAACACAUUCCAACUCAUGGUCCAGGAAAAUGGCAUGAUCCAGAUAUGCUUGUAAUUGGAAAUAAGGGAAUUACACUGGAUAUGUCUAUUUCUCAAUUCACUGUUUGGUGUAUUUGGUCAGCUCCUCUUAUUAUGUCAAAUGAUUUACGAAUUAUCGGUGAUAGUUUCAAGGAUGUUCUCAAAAACAAGGAAGCAAUUAAAAUUAAUCAGGAUCCUCUCGGAAUUAUGGGAAGAUUGAUCAAAAAUAGCACCGAUAUCGGAGUUUAUGUAAAACAAAUUACUCCAUCAAAGGGAGACAAGAAAUCGUUUGCAUUUGCUUAUCUCAACAGGAACGAGAAAGAAGGAUAUAAACGUAUUGAAAUUCAACUUGCCUCAAUUGGUCUCACUGAUCCUGCUGGUUACUAUGUUCAUGAUAUCUGGUCCCAUGUUGAUCUCGGUCUUCUUCGUUCAGGAGACAGUAUAGUUGUAUCAAUUGCUCCAGCUGGAAGUGUCUUUUUCCGUGCCGACCUUGCAUCGCUUCAUCAACCAAAAGGAAAACGACGUUACAAAUUUGACAAUUCAAAUGUUGUUUAUGAAUUUGAAAGAGAACAGUCUCAAUUGGGACGAUUUGAUUUCGGAGAUUACUUGAGAACCAAUAGAGUUCAAUUUUAGGUCGUUCUUCUAGUUGUAUAUAUACAAAAAGUAUCUCUACAAUAAUUUUUCUUGUAUAUUGAUAUAUGUACCUCAAGCAAAUUGAUAAAUGAUCUUUAAAUUUU